AGCGAGUCAGCCUGAACCGUGGCUUGGGAAGCCGGGCGCAGAGAGAUGUGGCUGCAGAAUCACCAGGGGUCAGUUAUUUCCGACCUCACCCCAGAUGGAGGAGCUCCUGGCCAGCGAGAGUUCACAGAGAGAACCUGACGCUCAGAUCUCUUCGAGGGACUCUGUUUAGGGAGCCCCCACAGAGAAGCCAAAGGAGGAGAGCUCCUACAGAGAAAUGAACCCCUAUCAAAGCUGCACUUUAGGGAUGAGUCUUUUCGUGACUCUGGCUUCACAGCUUGGCCUCUCCUCUAUUACUCCAAUCUUCCUUUCAAUCCUACAUUGCCUCCCUCCAGCACCACCAAUGGAUAUUUCUUUUCUAAAAAUGUUUUUAUGUAGGUUGCUGCCGUGUCUAUGAGAAGCUGGACACAAACUCAUUCCUAAAAUAUGUAGAUGGAAGCUGUGGUAACCAUGGAGACAAGGCGGGUGGCAGGGAGAGGCAGAGACAGUGUGAGAGACCAACAGCAACAGAUAGGAAGAGAGAAGACAUAAGGAGCAAUUCAGACAGAGACCUUCAAACAAGAUGGAAAAAUAAUGAGUCUAAGCAAGACUGAGAGUAAAGAGAGGCAAAGAGAGAGCAUGUGUUACAAGUGUGCCAUGUGCCGUGUGUGGCAGGUCAGGUCUGACGCACAGGAAGGCAUAAAAAACAUACCAAGUGCUGAAAAUGGGGAUCUGGUGAAGCUCAGCGAAGAAUCCGGAUGGUCCUUGUCUGAGUGGUAGAGGAGUCCCCUAAGGAACCCUUAGGUUUGUUGGGGCUGAGGGGAGGUCUGCUAAGAAAGGGAAGUCAGGAUUGGAGCCUCUAGAUUUUGGAAGGUUGAUGUGUGCAUGGGUGGGGGAGCGAUUUGGUACCCGACGCCCCCACCCGCAGAAACUGGGCUAUAAAUAGCACAGCAGAGCUCCGCCCCCCCCCCCCCCAGCUUCUCUCCUUCGGAGCCGGCGCUGUGCCCGGGGCGCUCCGGGAGGAGGGACCAGGAUCCGGCGCGGGGCGCAGAUACUGACACCAAGGGAAUCCGGGUGCCCCCCCCCCAAGCCAUGUGGGCCCCCGGGAACCCGGUUCCGCCACCCAGGCUGCCCAGUGGCCACGGCCUCAAUCCUGGCCGGGCGGAGAUUCUGCGGAUGUUCAGCGAUCUGCUUUGCCACUGAGACCUCAGGCCUCUGCCAACCACCACCCCCACACCCCUAGCCAUCCUCGGCAGGUCCCAGUCCCGGCUCCGUCGGUUCUCUCGCCCCAGCCGCAGCUAUGCUGCACACCGAGGGCCACGCUCUUCUUCGGGCCGUGGGUCAGGGUAAGCUACGCUUGGCCCGUUUGCUUCUGGAGGGAGGCGCCUACGUGAAUGAGGGUGAUGCCCAGGGGGAGACUGCGCUAAUGGCGGCCUGUCGGGCCCGUUAUGAUGACCCUCAGAACAAGGCGCGCAUGGUACGCUACCUCCUGGAGCAAGGCGCCGACCCGAACAUCGCAGACCGCCUAGGGCGCACUGCGCUCAUGCACGCUUGCGCCGGGGGUGGGGGCGCCGCGGUGGCCUCGCUGCUCCUUGCCCACGGCGCAGACCCCUCCGUCCGAGAUCACGCGGGCGCCUCAGCGCUUGUCCACGCCCUGGACCGCGGGGACCGCGAGACCCUUGCCACGCUGCUAGACGCCUGCAAGGCCAAGGGCACGGAGGUCAUCAUCAUUACCACUGAUACCUCUCCCUCGGGCACCAAGAAGACCCGGCAGUAUCUCAAUUCCCCACCAUCCCCAGGGGUGGAGGACCCUGCUCCAGCUCCUCCUAGCCCGGGGGUCUGCACGUCGCCUUCGGAAAUCCAGCUGCAGACUGCUGGAGGAGGAGGGCGGGGGUUGUUAUCCCCUCGCACCCAGGAAGAAGAGGAGAAGCGGGACGUAUUUGAAUUCCCUCUUCCUAAGCCCCCCGAUGACUCCUCCCCUUCUGAGCCGCUCCCCAAACCACCACGUCACCCCCCCAAACCCCUCAAAAGGCUCAACUCCGAGCCCUGGGGCCUAGUAGCCCCUCCUCAACCGGUGCCGCCCGCGGAAGGGAGGCCUGGGAUGGAGCGCUUGACCACCGAAUUCAACGGCCUGACCCUAACGGGUCGACCCCGUCUUUCCCGACGUCACAGCACUGAAGGCCCGGAGGACCCGCCCCCAUGGGCGGAGAAAGUGACGAGCGGGGGUCCUCUCUCUCGUCGAAAUACAGCGCCAGAGGCUCAGGAGUCUGGUCCCCCUUCAGGGCUAAGGCAGAAACUGAGCCGCAUGGAGCCGGUGGAGCUCGACACCCCCGGACAUCUUUGCCCCGAUUCGCCAGAGUCCAGUCGCCUGUCCCUGGAGCGCCGCCGUUACAGCGCCUCCCCGUUAACCCUCCCUCCAGCCGGCUCGGCUCCCUCCCCGCGCCAGUCCCAGGAGAGUCUGCCUGGGGCCGUAUCUCCGCUAAGCGGAAGGAGGCGGAGUCCCGGGCUGCUGGAGCGGAGGGGCUCCGGGACGUUGCUCCUGGACCACAUAUCGCAAACGCGGCCAGGUUUCCUGCCCCCGCUCAACGUCAGCCCCCACCCCCCUAUCCCCGACAUUCGCCCCCAACCCGGAGGUCGGGCGCCUUCGUUGCCUGCCCCUCCCUAUGCCGGGGCACCAGGCUCUCCCAGGACCAAGCGCAAAUUGGUGAGACGACACUCCAUGCAAACCGAGCAGAUCCGCCUGCUAGGGGGCUUCCAGAGUCUAGGCGGGCCAGGGGAGCCAGGGCGCUGAGAGAAGUGAGAGGAGCCAAGGAGGGUGGGGAUCAGGACCUUGAUGGGACAGGUGGGAGAACCAGCUCACACACAUACCAUGGACAGAGGGGUCUCUUGCAUGUGCUCAUGGGAACGGUGCACACACAUAUGGUUAAACAUGUGUCCACAAGCACAGUACUCUUACUAGCAAAGAAGGAUAAGUACUCUAUUUACUGGGCAUAUAGACACAUGCAUUCAUGCCCUGGUCAUUUCACAUGCAUGUGGGAUACUUGUGUACCCACAGGCACAGCACACUAAUAAACACACAUGGCCACUUGUGCUAGGGUCCCAAACUCACUUGCAUUUGUUCAGAAGCAGUAGGGAACCCCCUACUAUGGGUAGUCUCAAAUAUCUUUGCCCUCCUACUGAACCAAUCCCUUGCUUUCCAUGUAUACCCUGCAACACAGCCUAUCAUGAUUUUGCAUACUCCACCCUCUUCAUGAAUAUCCCACCCCAUUCUGCAGGUCUUGCUUCUCUCUCCAGGUCUGGCUCCUUGUUCACACCCUACUUCCAGCCCCAAACACUUUUCAGGAUAUCUUCUUCACUCUUCUUGGGGUUCCUGCAGCAACCCCCAGCCGCAGUUCUGCUGCUGCCCUUCCUGCCUCAACUUCACUUCUCAAUUAACUUCCUGCUUUUUAUUCCCAGCCUGUUCCCCCAACCACUACCAUAGGUUGUUUCAUUUUCCUACGGGGUGGGUCAUGGGCUCUAAGCUUCUCUUCUGUCUGUCUGAGCUUAUGAACACCCCCACAAGGUAGAAGUGGGGAGUAACCCUAAAUCACUCUUCUCUCCACUUGACAUAUCAAAUAAAUGUGUUCAGAAGUC